GUUUUCAGUUUGCCCUACACAAUCAGUGACAGCACUAACAUUACAGAAAUCAACAUAACUACUGUGUGUUCUCUGAAUGAAACUCAGUAUCAGUGUAAGUGUGAGGGUCUGUUUGUUUGGCCGAAUGACACGUGUCACUCAUACGAGGCCUGUGAUGUCAUCACUGAUGGUUCAUGUACAUGUAUCAUGGUCUUCCAAUCGACGGACAGUUCUGCCAAGUUCUACCUUCUAACUACGUGAUUGACAUUGAUGUGAGAUUCUUUGACUCGUUCCUGGUGGGCGACUUACAGAAUAUCGUCAGAAAUAUCAACCUGCCUUUGACUCUGAGAAACAGCAUUAAUAUCACAGAUAUCGACAUGACUACUGUGUGUGGGUUAAAUGGAACAGAAUAUAAGUGCAACUGUGAGCAGAAUCAUGUUUGGCCCAGUGACACCUGCAGGGCCUAUCAGGUGUGUGAUAGCAUUGUGGGAGGCACUUGUGGAUGUAUUCAAGCUCUUCCUUCAGAGGGGCCACUUUGCCAGAGAGACAUCAAUGAAUGUAAAGAUGCAGUGUCAGUGUGUGGUCAGUAUUCAGAUUGUAUUAACAUCAUUGGGAGUCACAUGUGUUCAUGCUGGAGUGGAUUUAAUACCUUCAAUAAAGACAGUCCUGUGAGCCGCAACAACUCAUGUCAAGAUAUCAAUGAAUGUCUGUUCAGUCCAUCUGUAUGUGGUCCAAAUGCGAACUGCACAAAUGAAAAGGGAAGUUACAAUUGCUCAUGUCUGGAUGGAUUCACUGCAUCAAACUCAAGUCUCUCCAUCAGCAACGAUAACACAUGUUCAGAUGUGGAUGAAUGUGUUGAGAUACCAGACGUCUGUGGUCCAAACUCAAUCUGUAACAACACUGUUGGGAGUCACAAUUGUUCGUGCAUGAAUGGAUAUAAUGUAACAGAUCCAAACCUCCCUAUAAACAGCAAUAACACAUGUGAAGAUAUAAAUGAAUGUCUGUUCAGUCCAUCUGUAUGUGGUCCAAAUGCCAACUGCACAAAUGAAAAGGGAAGUUACAAUUGCUCAUGUCUGGAUGGAUUCACUUCAACAAACUCAAGUCUCCCCAUCAGCAAUGAUAACACAUGUAGAGAUGUGGAUGAAUGUGUUGAGAUAUUAGACAUCUGUGGUCCAAACUCAAUCUGUAACAACACUGUUGGGAGUCACAAUUGUUCGUGCAUGAGUGGAUAUAAUGUAACAGAUCCAAACCUCCCUAUAAACAGCAAUAACACAUGUGAAGAUGUAGAUGAAUGUCUGUUCAGUUCUUCUGUAUGUGGUCCAAAUUCCAUCUGCAUGAAUGAAAUAGGAAGUUUUAAUUGCUCAUGUUUGUAUGGAUUCACUGUGACAAACUCAAGUCUCCCCAUCAGUACUGAUAACUCAUGUAGAGAUGUGGAUGAAUGCAAUGAGAAAUCAGACAUCUGUGGUCCGAACUCAAUCUGCAACAAUACUGUUGGAAGUCACAAUUGCUCAUGCAUGAGUGGAUAUAAUGUAACCGAUCCGAACCUCCCUAUAAACAGCAGUAACACAUGUGAAGAUAUAGAUGAAUGUCUGCUCAGUCCAUCUGUAUGUGGUCCAAAUGCCAACUGCACAAAUGAAAAGGGAAGUUACAAUUGCUCAUGUUUGAAUGGAUUCACUGCAACAAACUCAAGUCUAUCCAUCAGUAUUAAUAACACAUGUAGAGAUGUGGAUGAAUGUGAGACACCAGACAUCUGUGGUCCAAACUCAAUCUGCUACAACACUGUUGGGAGUUACAAUUGUUCAUGCAUGAGUGGAUAUAAUGUAACAGACCCAAACCUCCCUAUAAACAGCAAUAACACAUGCAAAGAUGUGGAUGAAUGUGUUGAGAUACCAGACAUCUGUGGUCCAAACUCAAUCUGUAACAACACUGUUGGGAGUCACAAUUGUUCAUGCAAGAGUGGAUAUAAUGUAACAGAUCCAAACCUCCCUAUAAACAGCAAUAACACAUGUGAAGAUAUAAAUGAAUGUCUGUUCAGUCCAUCUGUAUGUGGUCCAAAUGCCAACUGCACAAAUGAAAAGGGAAGUUACAAUUGCUCAUGUCUGGAUGGAUUCACUGCAACAAACUCAAGUCUCCGAAUCAACAUCAAUAACACUUGUAGAGAUGUGGAUGAAUGUGUUGAGAUACCAGACAUCUGUGGUCCAAACUCAAUCUGUAACAACACUGUUGGGAGUCACAAUUGUUCGUGCAUGAGUGGAUAUAAUGUAACAGAUCCAAACCUACCUAUAAACAGCAAUAACACAUGUGAAGAUAUAAUUGAAUGUCUGUUCAGUCCAUCUGUAUGUGGUCCAAAUGCCAACUGCACAAAUGAAAAGGGAAGUUACAAUUGCUCAUGUUUGGAUGGAUUCACUGCAACAAACUCAAGUCUCCGAAUCAACAUCAAUAACACUUGUAGAGAUGUGGAUGAAUGUGUUGAGAUACCAGACAUCUGUGGUCCAAACUCAAUCUGUAACAACACUGUUGGGAGUCACAAUUGUUCGUGCAUGAAUGGAUAUAAUGUAACAGAUCUUAACCUCCCUAUAAACAGCAAUAACACAUGCAAAGAUGUGAAUGAAUGUGUUGAGAUACCAGACAUCUGUGGUCCAAACUCAGUCUGUAACAACACUGUUGGGAGUCACAAUUGUUCGUGCAUGAGUGGAUAUAAUGUAACAGAUCCAAACCUCCCUAUAAACAGCAAUAACACAUGUGAAGAUAUAGAUGAAUGUCUGUUCAGUGCAUCUGUAUGUGGUCCAAAAGCCAACUGCACAAAUGAAAAGGGAAGUUACAAUUGCUCAUGUUUGGAUGGAUUCACUGCAUCAAACUCAAGUCUCCCCAUCAGCAACAAUAACACAUGUACAGCAGAACCACCAACACCAACUACCACAACCACUACGGCUGCAACACCUAAUGCAACAAUCAUUACAUCUGCGACACCUAAUACAACAAUCAUUACAUCUGCAACACCUAAUGCAACAAACACUACAUCUGCAGCACCUAAUACAACAAUCAUUACAUCUGCAACACCUAAUGCAACAAACACUACAUCUGCAGCACCUAAUACAACAAUCAUUACAUCUGCAACACCUAAUGCAACAAACACUACAUCUGCAGCACCUAAUACAACAAUCAUUACAUCUGCAACACCUAAUGCAACAAACACUACAUCUGCAGCACCUAAUACAACAAUCAUUACAUCUGCAACACCUAAUGCAACAAACACUACAUCUGCAGCACCUAAUACAACAAUCAUUACAUCUGCAACACCUAAUUCAACAAUCAUAACAUCUGCAACACCUAAUGCAACAAGCAUUACAUCUGCAACACCUAAUGCAACAAUCAUUACAGCUGCAACGCCUACUACAACAAACACUACAUCUGCAACACCUACUACAACAACCACUACAGCUGCAACACCUAAUACAACAAACACUACAUCUGCAACACCUAAUACAACAAGCAUUACAGCUGCAACACCUAAUGCAACAAGCAUUACAGCUGCAACACCUACUACAACAACCACUACUGCUGCAACACCUACUACAACAACCACUACUGCUGCAACACCUACUACUACUCCAAAAACUACAGUUCUUCUAAUCUCAAUGAAAAUCGAUGCCGUUUUUGAUACCAGUCUCAACAACCAAAAUAAUGAGAAGUUCAAAAUCCUUGCCAGACAAAUUGAGUCAGCAAUUGAACAAAUUUACAAAAAUGUGCUUGCCUACAAAAAAGGUUCAAUAAAAGUAUUUCGUUUCAGGCCUGGUAGCAUUAUAGCAGACUAUCAGAUUGAAUCAACAGACAGCAGCCCCAACAGCCCUGAAUUUGCAGAAGCAAACACACAGCUCAUCAGCGUUCUCAAAGAUCAAGGAAUCACUGUAGCUCCGAAUGCUUUUGCUCAAAGUGAACAAAAGAACUUGUCCACAGCAAAAAACUGGUAUCCAGAGCAAAAUAUGGUGCUGAAAUGCGAACGCCUAGACUCAGGUACAAUGAGAUGGACAGUGAAUGACCAAGAUCCUGCACAAAACAAAGUUAAAUACGUCAUUUCAGAUGACAGUACCACUCUCACUGUGAACAACGUCAAUGAGAAUGACAAAGCUCGAUAUGCAUGUAUCAUAGACAGGACAAUACCUUACAUUCAAUGGCAAGAUAUAGUUAUUGAAACACUUCCCAAUAUCAUAGUGGGUGAAAAUGUAAGAAAGUUUCAGUGUGUUGACCAGACUGUUUCACUGAAAUGCUGUGAAGAGAAGUACAGUGUGGAGUGGACCCAGAUAACCUCUGAUGAUGUAGUGACUUCAGAGGACAAAUGCAUCACAUUAAGACAUACAAUCAAAACUGGAAAUUGUGGGAGUAAAACCUUUACAUGUCGACUCAAGGACCCGGUGCUUCAAGGUUUCACCUACAGCAGUAAAAGUGUUAUUGUUAAUAAAGUGAACGCAGUGUUCAGCUGUAAAGAUGCAACAUUUGGGGAUGGACAGGAAGGUGAUACUUUGACAGGACCCUGUGAAAAAGGCAAGGAAGGCACAAUAAAAUAUAGAUGUAGUUCAGGUAGAUGGGUGCCUCAGGAGACAAACUGUAUACUUCAAGUUAUCAAAAACCUUGAAAAGGAUGCUGCGGUCUUGGUGGUGCAGGACAUACCAGUAUUUGUGGCUCAGCUGAGUACUGCUACAGAGAAUAAUACACAAGUGAUAACACAGUCUGCUGUGACUGUCCAAACCAUUGUUGGAAUACUUGUGAAAGUUUCUGGUGUUUCACAAAACAUUAUCAUCAAUCAGCCGGUGAUGGAGGAUUUCCUUAAAACAGUGGAUAUCAUUGUUUCGACAUCUGCCAUUGAAACCUGGAAAAAUUUAAACAAUAACAACAAGACAGAUAACACCAGCACAGCACUUCUGAAAGCUAUUGAGGAUAUAAGUAACCGUCUCACAAAUGCCAAUUUUAGGAUUAAUGCAACAUCUAUUGAGUUGAAUAGAACUAUAACAAACACCACCUUUUAUAGUGGAAUAUCGAAUCUGCCAAACUCAACUACUGAGAUCCAGAUACCAGAGAUUUCUUUAUCCACUUCUUUAACCAUCAUAGUCUUCACAACUCUUGACAGCAUCCUACCUACUCGAGAUACUAGAAGUAACGGCAGUAGCAAAUCAGAUGUGCGCAUCAAUGGAGAUGUGGUUGUGGUAAAAGUUGACAACAAAACGAUUAACAACAUAUCUUUUGCGUUUGACAUUACUAAUAAGUCUUUGGGAAAUCCUCAGUGUGUCUUUUGGAACUUUUAUCUCGAUGCAUGGGAUUCCACUGGAUGUAAAUCAAAGUCCUAUAAAAGUGAAGGGAACAGAACUGGCAAGAUUACAUGUGAAUGCAACCAUACAACCUCUUUUUCAAUCCUAAUGUCACCGUUUUCCAUUGAUAACAUUGCCUUAGCCUAUAUAACUUACAUUGGCGUAGCCAUUUCGAUGGCCAGCUUGAUUAUAUGCCUGAUUAUUGAGACUAUUGUGUGGAGGUCAAUGACAAGAAACGACACAUCCUACAUGCGACAUGUCUCCAUAGUCAACAUUGCCGUGUCUCUGCUGAUAGCAAACGUCUGUUUUAUCAUUGGAGCCGCAGUCGCAGAGAGUGAGCAGCCAACCUCAGUGGGUCGCUGCAGUCCAGUGGUUUUCUUCAUGCACUUCUUUUACCUGGCUCUUUUCUUCUGGAUGUUAAUGUCAGCGCUGUUGCUCUUUUACCGUACCGUCAUGGUCUUGUCUCAAAUGUCAAGGGCUAAAAUGAUGGCCAUUGCCUUCAUAGUUGGUUAUGGUGCACCUUUGCUCAUAGCGGCCAUUACGGUUGCAUCAACAGCUGGACCUCAAAAUUAUGUUUCCAAAAGAAAUGCAUGCUGGCUGAACUGGUUAGAAUCAAAGGCCCUGCUGGCAUUUGUGGUUCCAGCUCUCACUAUUGUAGCCAUAAACCUUUUGGUUUUGAUUGUGGUUCUGUACAAGAUGUUGAGGAGAGGAGUUGGUGCCACAACUCAACCAGAUGAGAAACAUGCCCUGGUGGUCAUUGCCAGAUGUGUGGCCAUUUUGACUCCUAUCUUUGGUCUUACAUGGGGAUUUGGAAUUGGAACCAUGGUGUCACAGGAAUUAGGCAUUCAUGUGGUGUUUGCACUCCUCAAUUCACUGCAGGGGUUCUUUAUUUUGGUGUUUGGAACACUUUUAGACAGCAAGAUCCGUGAGGCUCUGGCAGGAAGACUGUCACUAAGGAACCUUACCAGCUCUAACCGAACCAGGAGUACUAGUGCAGGACCGUCAUCUUCAGGCAUACAGAGUUUAUUUCAAAGGAUGCGGAGAAGAAAUGUGUACAACGUUUCUGAAGCUUUCUCAGCAGCUACAUCUUCACACAAUUCCAGUGGCACAGAUACUUUUGUGAAUGCAUAAUCAGCUAACUUCAUUAAAACUAUAGUCUACUUUAUUAAAUGUUAAACAGCCUUUUCCAAACAAGUUUUCUACCUUGCUAGUAUAUGUAAACUGUAUUAUCAGUUACUGAUUUCUGGGAAGAAGUAUUUCUAUGUUCUGACAUAUUAAUAACAAUUUCUUACAAUCAACAGAUCUAAUAUUUAAUCAAGAAUAUGUUUAAUAUGAUGGUGCAGUAGGCAU